AUGACAAUGUGGAUGUUUGUGUUCCUUGCUAUACCGGUGGUCUCAGCAGAGCUCUUCCCACUCACGACCGUAAGCCGAGUCCGUCGCCAAUGUUGUGGAAGUACUAGCAGCUCGUGCUGUUCAUCGUCAAGCUCCUACUGUAUCCCCGUGUGUAUGGCACAAUGUCAAUCGGCAUGUACCACACCAAUUUGUACACAACAAUGUGGAAAUCAGUGCAACCAACAAUGCUCUACCAUCUCUAUUUCUACGGGUCCCUCGUGCUCAUCCUGCCAAUCCGCAUGCUCCUCCGCAUGUACCACCCCAUCGUGCAUCCGUACCUGUGAAACCAACUCUUGCUCAUCUCUGUGUGGUAUUGUAACAAAUUCGUGUACAUCCAGAUGUAAUACUCAAUGCCUUCAAAUCUGUACGACACCAUCUUGCUCCAACACGUGCUCCAACUCCUGUUCAAAUGCUUGUUCAAAUGGAGGAAGUCAACCAAUAGUAAUUGUUAUCCCGUCAAGUGUAAGAAACUGUCAGAACUCUUGUUCAAAUCAAUGUUCAUCUGCUUGCACAACUACAACAUGUCGUCAAACCUGCCAAAACACGUGUCUCGGAUCGUGCAACUCUUGCUCGGGAGGAAGUUGUAACAGCAAUAACACCAAUAAUUUAGUUGUUGUGGUAAGAUUGCGAAGAGUCGAGACGGGUAUAAAAGUACAGUACCGGCUAAAAAUGUACAAAAACACCCCUUGUGAACGAUCCUGUAACAGUGGCUGCCGUUCCACAUGUUCGUCUACAUCAUCCCUCAGCGUCUGCAUUCCCGCAUGCCAACAAACCUGUCGAUCGACGUGUAAUACUGCGAGGACCCUGGUGGUUCCUUGCAUGUCUGGAACAUCUGGAAGCUCGUGUUCCUGCUCGUCAGGCUACUCAAUUUGUGGCUCGCAAUGCUGCAGAGUUUAA